UUGGCAACGGUGGUCGGUUUGUAAGUGAAAUUCGUAGUACUCAAGUUGCGCAACGUUGCUAGUAUUUGUUGCUGUUUAGUUCAUAAUUAAAUCGAAUUAAUAACAACUAACGUUCAAAUUAUAGUAAAUAAAGGUUUUCUGAUUGAUUAAAAUCAAAGUGAAUCCAUAUUUAUGUGAAUGUACAUUUAAAUUGUGUUAAAUUUGUGGGUUAUUGAGUGACGGGUAUUAGUGCUACGUUUUUAGAGUUCCAAGUAUUGCUAUUCUCACGAAUAGCUCAUCGCUUAAUAAAUGAUUUUGAGUACAAAUAUUGCUUUUGAAGUUCUAGUCAAAAUUUCAAAUGAAAGGUUGGAAAAUAAAUAGUACAGUUGGUGUACGAAAUCAUACAUAAAUCCAUGCUGUUCAACACAUGGUAUUUACAAUGGUAACUGCUGUACAUUUGAAAUUGAAAAAUACUCUAUUACAAUUGUGUAUCAUAUUUAUUUUUCUCUUUAAUUUUAUAAGAUGUGAUGUAUGUCAGCUUGGAUUAGAUACACCUGGUUAUACACUACCUCGUGGUGAUAUUAAUGUAGAAUAUGGUAAUCCUUUGGACAUUACAUGUAUCCUAAAUGAUGAUUAUGUUGAAAAACAUGGUAUAAAUUCCAGUAGUAAUUUAUAUUUCACUCGUGAUGGUGAAGAUCUACCUGCAGAAAUGAUUACUUUAUUAGACUCAAAAAGCAUAAGAUUGCAUAUUGAUAAACCUGAUAAAACAAAUAAUUCAAUGUAUACAUGUAAAUUAAGAAACGAUAACCUUGCUGUAUGUUUAAAUACUGUAAUUGUUGGUGUAAAACCACAGAUGGUUGAUGAUUUUGAAUGUGUUGGAUAUAAUUACGAAAAUCUUACAUGUUCUUGGAGUCAACCUGAUAAUUACAUAAAAACAAAUUAUAGUCUAACAUAUUAUUUUCCAGGACGAGCAAGCAGGGAAAGCACAUAUUCUUGUCCAGAUUUGGUAGAAGACCCCGAAACUCAUAAAAUGAGCUGUUUUUGGAAUAUUUAUACUCUUCCCUUUUAUAGGCAGGCACAACGCACUUAUCAUUUUAUAUUAACAAUGACUAAUAAGUUUGGAGUUAAUCAAUUAAAUAGAACAUUCUCUCACUAUGCACAUGUACUUUCUGGACCUCCAGAAAAUUUAACUGCCGAAAGUAAAACAACAGAGUCAAUUUAUUUGCGCUGGUCUGUUCCAACUGCAAUGUUAACUUUUCCACCAGGAUUGCAACACAGAGUUUUAUACCAGUCAGAAGUGAACCCCAAAGGAUGGGAGUUUGGAGGUAUGGUAAUAUCGAAGGAAUUGAAGGAAAUAUAUUUUAAUUUAACUGGAUUAAAAUAUGCUCAUAAAUUGUAUGACAUACGAGUAUCAUCUCGAACUACUGCUGCAUUACCUGAUGAUGAAUCUAUGUGGUCUAAAAACACAUCCCUCACUGAAAGAACUGCGAGUAAAGAACCUGGUGCUCCUCCUAAAACUACAUUGGGAACUUUUGAAUUUGAUUCAUCCACCGGUAGAGAUGUUUAUUUGUAUUGGCAGGAAAUUCCGAACGAGAUUCAAAAUGGUGAAGGAUUUACUUACGAAGUGAAAAGUGUUAAUCAUCCUGGAGAUUUACAUUUGGUAGAACAGAAGAACGCUUAUGCUAGAUUUCAAGGUCUUGAUUCAUCCAAAGGAUACAAGUUUUUGAUUUGGUCCAAAAAUGAUAUUGGCAAAUCAGAAAACUUCUCUGUUAUUAAUAUUCCAGCCAAAAAAAUUAAAGAACCAUCAGCUUUUACUAAAAUUGCUUAUGGAGACGGUAAAUACCAACUUUCGUGGGAACAUCCUAAGACUUCAGAACCUAUUGUUAACUAUACGAUAUUUUGGUGCGCACAUGAUAGGGAUCGUCCAUACCAGUGUUCAGGUUACUUAAAUUGGACGGUGGUUCCUGCUGAAAUUACAGUAAAAAAUUUAACAGUGCCUGAUAAUCAAAUACGGCCUAAAAUACAUCAGUUUGCAAUAGCAGCAAAUACAUUGUCAUCCAGUAGUGGCAUGACAUGGGCUGCUUGCACAGUGAUACCUAACAAAUCAAUUGGCAAAAUGAAAAACGUAUGGAUUAACAAUGUUGGUUCUAACUUCAUUGAAGUGGGUUGGAAAUUGGAUUGUUCAGAUAGAAUUGGUAGUGUUGAAGGAUUUGUCAUCAAUUACUGUCCAAUUUUAUCUCCCACAGAAAGGAAAUGUAAUGGUUCCGUAAAAAAUGUAACAGUCCAUGGUAAUGCGGAUUUAAUAAAGGGUUCUGUUACUGGCCUAAAACCGUACACAACGUACAUGUUGACGGUUUCAGUUAUAACUAAACCUAAUAACUUAAAUCCUCCCAGUGAUGCUUUACUCAACACAACUCUAGAAGGCGCACCUGAUUCGCCAAGAAAUCUUAAAAUACACGAUGUCACAAACUCAUCAAUUACAUUAUCGUGGCAGCGACCUGCUGAAGUUAAUGGUAUUUUAAAAUACUAUAUUUUAAAUUACAAUAAUGAGUCUGCCAUCGUAGAUCCUAAACAAGAGGGAAGGUACGUUUUAAGUAACUUGAGAAGUUAUGAAUAUUACAGUGUAAGUGUGGCUGCUUGUACUGUAGCUUGUUCUUCGCCGUCUCCUACAAAAAGGAUUAGAACAGCAGUAGGGUAUCCUGGUAAAACUACAAAACCAUAUAUACAAUAUUCAAAUGAUUCUACUAUCGUUGUGGCUUGGUCUGAACCUGAGUUUAAACGUGGAGAAAAUGAUCAGUAUGAAGUGCAAUUGAAAACAAAAUUGGAAUAUGGCAAUAACACAUUACCUGUUAUUGUUGUUAGAGGAAAUAAUUACACUAUUAAGAAUUGUGGAGAUGGAGGAAGGUACAACACUUUUUACAUUUCUGUUCGAGCUGUAAAUAUAAUAAAUGACUUGAGAUAUGAUGGUCCCUGGAGUGAAGAGUUUGAAUCUUAUUGUCAAUCGCCUCCAGACAUUGUCGCUUAUGUACUGGCACCCAUUUGUGUAGUUCUUUUGUUAGCUUGCUUCUACAUGGCAAAAAGAUUCUAUAUAUGUUGUCAGAAGAUGCGUGAUGUGGAAGUGAAGCUUCCUCCCGGUUUAGCACCCGUAAUAGCUACGGAAAUGGAUUGGAUUCCUCGGAAGCCUCAGGACAAAGACGACUUAAUAAAUCCUCCACCUCCAGAUGAACAACUUCUUCUACGAAAGAUCCCCGAUAGAAAUUCUGCCAUAGAUUCUAGUGGUUGUAGUUCUGGACAUGAAAGUGUUACUUCUUCCAUUGAUUCUAGCACCCGUAUACCGAGCCCAACAGAUUCAGGAACAGAACAACCUAAUAUUUCGUCAACAGAAGAAGUUGGCAAAAGUAACACCAUAAGACAUCGUAAACUCUAUGUGACUAUGCCAGAAAAUACUUCGAUAACACCAUGGGCGAACAAAACAAAUACUUUAAGCAGCAGUUACUGUAAAUUGGGAGUAGAUCCUAACACUACAAACAUAGAUUCCAGCCCUGCUUAUGUACCUGCAAUAGUAUCCCAUUCAGAUGUGACAAAAGUGCCUGUUACACAGUCUGCAGCUAGUACAACGACACCUUAUGUUCUUACUGGCGACAUAAGUAAAACGUCAAUACAUGGAUACGUUCCUCUGCCUGGCCCUACGCCUUCUCAUAAAAAUACGGCCUAUGUGAUGGCCGGCAGCAAGCCAAGUGCUGUACCAGAACUUAUAAGACUGGAUUCGAGCAGCUCGACGAGUUCUGAGGACAAACUGAUGUAUGUACAAGUGGCUGACUGUUCGAAACCAGCUUCGAAAUCGCCAGCGGAGUCAAAGAUCUGGCAUCAGCCAGUGUAUGAUCCAGCAAAGAACAAAUUAGGCUAUGUUAGUAUAGGAGAUGCCCCACCUCCUGCAGCUAGUGACGCCAAGUCAGUUUGCUAUUCUCACAAGAACGUCGAUUCGAAUUGUCUGAAAGAAGACUAAGUGAUUUAUUAGAUUAUUUUGUGUUUGUUUUUUCGAAUAUAGUUUUCCGAUGAACUGGAAGGAAGUGAAUGAAACUUGACGUAAUCAAGAAGAAUUUAUAGUUAUGUUGUUAAGCGUUAGCGUUUACUGAUACUCGCGAUGGUUCCGUUGUUUUUACGACUGUUUUUUGCCCCAUAACAAGUAGUUUUUAUGUUUGCCAAAAGUAUGUCUACUUUUUUAAUAAACAAAAUUUAAAGGUUUUUUUUUAAAGUAAAAAGUGCCUUUCAAAUUUCGUUUUUCUUGAUAUUCGAAUGGUUUUGCCAGUUUGAAACGAGCUUGCCAGAUUCUACGUAUAUAUAAUGUUAAAUAUUAUGUUGUAUAAAUUUUAAAUAGUGAAGGUAAGGGUAAGAACACACACUACGUAAUCUAUUUUGGAUGUCAAUUUAUCGGCCUGUAAGGAUGAUUUUUAAUUUGUACAUAUUAAAUAUUUUAAUCUGUCCAUAUUUUGAAUGUGUUGUAUAUUUGAGUUUCGCAUUUUACUUAUUUUUUUGCAAUUAAAGAGAGUUAUGUAUGUUUUUAUUUUUUUAUAGUGCAAAGUUAUACGCUCGUGUUUUGUCGUCUUACUGUAAUUUUAAUGAAAUACAUAUUUAUCGGAUU